CGGUCGAGCCACAGGGACCACCACCACACUUGCAUAUGUCGUCAGGACAAGCUAGCUAGCACGCACAAGGAAGCGGCCCGGGUGUAGCUAGCUCGAGCUUGACGACGACGACGACGACGACGAGGACGAGGAGUCGAGGAGCUAGAACGGCCCGGCGCCGCUAUAUAACUAGGUUUAAGGUCUACGUUGCGCCGGCCCUCUUCCUCCUCUUCGUCUUCCCCUCUCCCUGUUCAUCUCGUGUGUGUGGCGGUGGUGGCGCGCGCUACCGAGCUAGUAGUAGCUUAGCUACCUCUCUCUCUCUCUCUCUCUCUCUCCCUACUUGGCGAGGAGGAGGAGGAGGAGGAGUGGUGGUAUCGCCAUCAGAGCUCAAUAAUACUAGUGCACGCUCGCCUUGUUUUGUAGCUCUUGUCAGCGAACCUUCCCACCCUGAAAACCCCACCCACCCCCUCGUUCUCUCUCUAGCGAGCGAGCGAGCUCUCUGUCUGUGUUUGUGUGUGUGUUUGGUUGUUUCUUUCUCUCUCUCUCUAGGCGUCGCGGAGCGAGCGGGUGAGUUCGCGCGCCGCGGCGGCCGUGAUCUGUUGGGUUGGCGUGGCGUGAAGCGUGAUCUGGUGUGUGUUGUUUUGGGAGGUUGUGAUCGAUCUGUGUGUGGGAGAGAGAUGGCUGGAGCGGGGGGUGCGGCUGCGGCUGCGGCUGGAGGAGGAGGAGGAGGAGGGGGAGCGGUGGCAGGGAGGAGUGGAGGAGGUGGGGGAGGGGGAGGUGGAACGGCGGCGGCGGCGGCCGGGGCGGGGGCGCCGGACCCGAGGGCGGAGGCGCUGAGGUGCCCGCGGUGCGACUCGGCGAACACCAAGUUCUGCUACUACAACAACUACUCGCUGUCGCAGCCGCGGCACUUCUGCAAGGCGUGCAAGCGCUACUGGACGCGCGGCGGCACGCUGCGGAACGUCCCCGUCGGCGGCGGCUGCCGGAAGAACAAGCGGUCGAGGAGCGGCGGCGCGCCCGGGGGAGGCGGUGUUGUGGGGAGGAGCGGCUCUGGUGGUGGCGGUGGAGCCGGGGCGGCUGUUUCGUCGGCGGGCGGUGCAGCUGGCACGUCGCCGGCGUCGUCCCUGGCGCUGCCGCAGCCUGGGUCGCUGCCGUCGCUGUCGUCGGCGCUGGGCCUCACCGGGGGCACCUCGCUGGCGUCGCUGCUGCUCGGGACCGGCGCCUCGGGGGGUGACCACCUCGGGCUCUUCCAGGCCAUGCAGUCGGUGGUCUCCGACGCGGCCGCCUUCGAGAUGCACCAGCACCAGCAGUCGCAGGUGGAUCACCUGCUGGGCCUCGGCUACGGCGCCGCCGCGGGGACGCAGAUCCAGGCCAAGCCGUGGCUGCAUGACGGCGGCUCCGGAGUCGGCGCUGGCCUCCUCGACGGCUUCUACGCGCCGCUCCUGUCCGGCUCCAUCGUGCCGGGGCUUGAGGAGCUCCAAGUCAAGGCGGAGGCCGCCACAGGCGAGCACCAGCAGAAGUCGGCGGCGGGCGGUGAGCAGGGCUGGGACCUGCCGACGCCGUCGUCGUCCAACGUGGAGGCGAGCAUCAUCGCUUCGGACGCGCUCAUGGCCGCGGCCGCGUCGAUGAACCCGGCGGCGGUCAGCACCACGUCCUCCACGGCGCCGUCCGCGCAGUCGCUCCUCUACUGGGGCAACGGCGGCAUUGGCGCCGCCGCCGCGGCCUGGCCGGACCUCGCCAACUGCGGAUCCUCCAUCGCGACGCUCUUCUAGCCUAGCCAGCCUAGCCAGCCUGCCGCCGGCCGGCCGGGCUAGCUCGUCGUCGCCGUCGUUAACUCUUUUUUUUUCCCACCUUAAUUUCCCUGGUUAAUUUCCCGAGAUCUCUUGACUAAAAUAACAUGUAAUUUGUGGGGCGAAAAAGCUGAGAUGAGAGUGAGAGAGCACACUGUGCAGGAGAUGGAUAGAGUGAAGAGAUCAUCUCAUAGGCAGUAAACUAGAAAUUCCACAAGAUUUCAUCGCCGGUGGUCAAGAAGUACCCAAAAAAAAAAUAGGGGCAAGAUCGAUCGAUCCACCACGUUCUUCCUCGUCUCCGGCUGGCCGAUGAUCGAUCACGACGGCGGCGGCGAAUUGAUUUGGGAUGCAUUGAUGAACAACAAGAGGAGGAGAUCAAAUCAAUCGUGGCCAUGGGAGGAGGAGAAGAGAAGCAAGCAAGUGGCAUCAUACGGUGUGGGGGGAUAGAUACAUGAGGAGAGCUUGAUCGAAGUUCUUGCGGCAUCCAUGGCGGUGGUGCAAGAACAUGGGGGGCCUUCUCUCUCUCUCUCUCUCUCUCUCUCUCUCUCUCUCUCAUCUCGGCAUUUUAAUCGGUGUGUUUAAUUGGUUAAUUACCCUACCUUACCUUUGGCUUUGGGGAAGUACUACUCUAAAUGUAUAAGUUAAUAGUACUCUUAGAUCACCACAUCUUGCACUUGCAGCAUAAUUAGAGAACUGUUUUUGAGUUCUCGUGCAUUGGACUUGUUAAGAGUUCGUCCAAUUCCUUUGUUCCUCUUUCUUCUAGAGUGAAUUUCUCUUUCUUUCUUAGUUUUUUUUUCUAUUCUCUCUUGGGGUUCUUCUUUUUUGUUCAAAACUUUGCUUGUAUCAAUGAUGACUUUGUGAGCUAUGAGAAAUUAUAACUUCUAUUUGUUCUGAUGGACUGUG